AUGUCAUCACUUGAAUUGUUUUAUGCUGACUCAGAAGCGCCAAUUGUUUUAUUAUCAGCUAAAAAGCAUUUUGAACAAUUAAGUUCCUCAAAUUUACAAAAAUAUGCUCAUUUUUUAUCAAGAGCUUCAUAUAAUGGUUCAAAAGCUAUAUUGGAUUCAGUAUCAAAAGAAAGUCCUGAUAUUUUCAAAUUAAUCUUAUUAAUUCAUAAACAAUUAGAUGAACCUAAAACAAAUCAAGAAUAUCUUUCAAAAAUUAAAUCGAUCGAUGAAGAGAAUAUAAUUUAUUAUUUGGAAUAUGCUUGUCAAUUUUUAGAUAAUAUGGGUAAUUACAAAUCAUUUGGCGAUAGAAAAUUUAUACCAAAAAUCAAAAAACAAGAUUUAAAAACAUUUAUUAAUUCAUUAGAAAAUGAAGAAAUUUCGGAAUUAUAUUCUAAAGUUGAAGAUUCAAUUUAUGAUACAUCCAAAGGGUUAUUAGGAUUUCCAGAAAAUGGGUUAUCAACUAAUUAUUAUCCAGAUUCAGAAAACAUUACAAAGGAAGAAGUUAAUGCAGUCGACAAAGUAUUAGCAUCAAAUGAAAUUAUGCCUGAAAAUACAAGAAUUAUUAAAAACAAAGAUGGAUCAUUUACAGUAUUAGUAUCAUCAGCAGAUUCAAAAAAUUUAUAUGAACAUUUAAAUUUAAUCACACCAGAUGGUCACAAAAUAAAUUUCAAAUUUGGUGAUCAUUCUCAAGAAUUUUCCAAAAUUGUUGAAAAUUUAACUCAUGCAUUAAUAUAUGUUUCAAAUCCAACUCAAAAAAAUUUAAUUGAAUUAUAUAUUGAAUCUUUCAAAACUGGAUCAAUGAAAGCUCACAAAUUAUCACAGAUUGAAUGGGUUAAAGAUUUUAAACCUGAAGUUGAAUCAAAUAUUGGAUUUAUUGAAACUUAUAGAGAUCCUGCCGGUGUUAGAGGUGAAUGGGAAGGUUUAGUAGCUAUGGUAAAUCACGAAAGAACUAAGAAAUUCACAGAUUUAGUUAAUCAAGCUAGUAAAUUUAUUACACAAUUGCCAUGGGAUCCAAUUUAUGAAAAAGAUAAAUUUACACCACCAGAUUUUACAUCAUUAGAAGUUUUAACAUUUUCAGGUUCAGGAGUUCCAGCAGGUAUAAAUAUUCCAAAUUAUGAUGAUGUUAGAUUGAAUUAUGGGUUUAAAAAUGUUUCACUAGGUAAUGUCUUAUCAGCAAAUCCAAAAAAUCCAAAAAAAGAAGAAAUUAUUACUUUUAUUGAAAAUAAAGAUCAACAAAAAUUCAAAAAAUUUAGAGAUGAUUGUUUUGAGGUACAAGUUUCGUAUCACGAACUUCUUGGACAUGGUACAUGUAAGCUUAAUACCGAAGUAGCUGUUGGUGAAUACAAUUUUGAUAAAAAUGAUGAAAGAAUAAAAUCUUGGUAUAAACCAAAUGAAACUUGGAGUUCAGUUUUCGGUGAGUAUGCAGGAUCAUAUGAAGAAUGUAGAGCAGAAUUAGUUGCAUUAUAUCUAAUUUUAAAAGAUCCAGUCAAUGGAUUGCCUAUACUUGGAAUCACUGACGAACAAGAUCAAAAGGAUAUUAUGUAUAUUGCUACUUUAAUGAUGAUCAGAGCUGGUUUAAUCGGUUUAGAAUUUUGGGAUCCAGAAGCUAAAAAAUGGGGACAACCUCAUAUGCAAGGUAGAUUUGCAAUAAUGAAACAAUUACAUAAAGCAGGAGUUUUUAAAUUUGAAACUUCAAAAUCAGAUUUUUCAGAUUUAACUAUUGUUAUAGAUGAAUCAAAAUUAUAUGAUAAUACAGCAGUUGAAGCACUAGGAGAAUUUUUAUCAACUAUACAUAUUUAUAAAUCAACUGCAAAUAAAGUUGAAGGUUUAAAAUAUUAUCUUGAUAAAUCUAAUGUUGAAGAAGAUUAUGGAAAAUUUAGAGAUAUUGUAUUAAAAGAGAAAAAACCAAGAAAAAAAUUAAUCCAAGCUAAUACUUUUAUAAGAGGUGAUGGUGAUGAUUCAACUGUUGAAUUGGUUGAAUAUGAUGAAAGUGAAGCUGGUAUGAUUCAAUCAUUUUUUGAAAGAGAUAUCCAAUUUUAA